CUUUUCGCGCUUCAAUAUCCGGCCAAGUUGAACGGUCAUUUCCACUUCCAGCAAUUUCCGUGUGGCAACAAUCAAGACGCCCGCUGUAAACAAACUUCUCAAGUAGUUUAAUUUCAGAAGUACAUUUUAAAAAGAAAUGCAUAUCAAACCAGGUACAUGGGAGGCCAUCAACACUGUUUGUGAGCCAGACGCCUUGUGUGACCCUGCUGUCCUGGUGUCUUCCACCAACCCAGAGGCGCAUAUUCGUAACCGGCGCCUAUCACCUGGGUCAGGCAGCUGCGGUGGAGGUGGCGGGGGCUGCACGGCUAGAGUAGAACAGCCGCUCCGCCAGGCUUCUCCCCAGUCCCUGGAGGGCAACCUGAACGGAUCUGCACAUGCCUUCACCUACCGCAGAGACAGGGAUCGUAGAGGCCAGCAUAAAGGCCGUGGCCCUCGCCGGGAAGGACCCAGAGGGACCGGGCGUGUAGCCGACAGGCCCCCUAAGCAGAGCCAGAAGGAGAGGUGGGUGGAGGAUAGUCUGUCUCUACUCAAGCCCCCACCUGCUUUUCCAGUGCAGGACAGCCCGGCCAAGCUACAGCCAACCAUCAGUUAUGCGUCUAAGGUGAAAUCCGGGGCGGUGGGUGGUGUGCUGGAGGAAGAGGAAGGCCGCCCAGCCAUCGGCGUCCUCCUGCAAAACCAGUGGGGACUCAGUUUUAUAAGCGAGGUCCUACAAGCGUCUGAGGUGUCAUCUCCCAGCGCUGUUCCCAUAGACCCGCCACAGCCCACGUUCGGAGGUGAAAUGGCCAAACCAACGCAGGAGAUGGAACACACAGUCCAGCCCAGUGGUGAAAUCCCAGUUCUUGUUGCUACCUCAUUCUCCAUGGGCCAGUGCGGAGAGGAGGAAGCGAAGCUCAGUGGGAAGCUACUUCCUUGUUACGGUCUUAGGGAAGCUCUGCAGUAUCACACAACAGAAUGGAAUGCCACCUGCAACAAACAGAAACAAGAUCCAGACAGGGUAGUUUGGUAUAAGAACUCCCUAGACCAGCCAGCCUAGCAGUUCAUGGACCGUCUCACACAUACACACACACUCAGGUCGAUGUCUUUACACAAAGCCACACUGAGACACUUUGGACUCCUUGAUGAGAUAGACAACAACUAGGGACUUUUCUAAUGCCUUCAAAAGCCUGCCUUAAUGAAUUGGACCUGGAGUUCCUAUCACUGCUCAAAACAAAUAAGUUGUGGAGCACUGGUCUGUGUUUGUUUUUUUACAGUCUUUAGGAGCUGUCAUUUUAUUGUAAAGAACUGCAGUUUUAUCAGACAUUUCUCUUGUUUUGUCCUCUGUAAUUGAAGUGGUCAAUCAAGCACUUUCUAAUCUGUUGUGACCAAUCCUCCUACCAGACUGAUUUUUUUUUUUUAGAGCACAUAUGUCGAAAUGACUUGUAAUUGCUUCCAUUUUACUGUAUUUUACACCAGGGACAGAUUUAUAACCAUGUCUCCAGUUUACAUGGGGUGCAGUAAGCACAAAAAGAAGGCACCUUGUCUGAUCUUAAUGCUGUUCUUGUUUUUUGGGGGGCCCUAGUUGGGUGAUUUGUUAGUCAUGAACCCAUGAUAACUCAAUCACACUUGCUCAGUUAAUUUGAUUUAAAAGAAAUAAUACACUGGAAACUAAGUGGACAGUAUUGAUUAAUAAAGUGUAAUGAACUUGA